AUGGAGCAGCUUCGGUCAGCCAUGGAGGAGCACAUGGAGCAAAUGGCAGAUCUCGUCCAGAAACUCUCCGCAGAGUUACGUUCUGGUCUUAAACCCGCUUUGGACAAUUUCUUGGGUUUUUUCCACGCUAUCAACUGGAAGGAACCUUGGUUGAUGGGUUUAAUCGGCAUCCAUUUUAUGUUGCUGAUAGUGGCUAUUACUUCCAGGAAGAAUCUUAACUUCCAAAUGUUUUUGUUCCUUUUGGCAUUGAGGAAAGUGAUGUCCUUUGGAGCUUGUUUUCAGAACAAGGGUGGAACUGAGCAUGUCAAUUUACAUAAACUCGUUUUGGUUGUAGGAAUAUUGGCUGGAGUAUAUCUUGCAGAGAGGCUCAAUAGUUUACUGGGUGAGAACUGGAAGAGCUUUUCCACUCAGAAUUAUUUUGAUCCAAAUGGAGUUUUUCUCUCAUCAGUCUGGUCUGGGCCUCUUCUCAUCAUUGCAAUCAUAAUUUUGAUAAACACACUCUUGUCCUUGUGUUGCCUGAUAGUUAGGUGGAAAAGAGCUGAGCUAAGACAUCGUGCAAGACUUUCUCAAAUAAGCAGGAUUGAGCUCCUCCUAUGCUGGAUUGCUAGCCAAAUGAAUUUGGGACAGCCAGUGACCAUGGCCAACGAGAAUGAGAAGAAGAAACUCAAUGAAGAAGAAGACGACGAGCCCAAAAUCCCAGUCUUCACAGUCCUUAAAAAUGGAGCGAUUCUCAAGAACAUCUUCAUCGUCAACAAACCCCCACCCCCACCUGCCAAUAAACCAAUCUCCUCCGUCCAUCAACAAACCCAAGAAGAAAUCUUGAUCGUCGGUCGCCACCCCGAUUGUAACAUCGUCUUGACUCACCCCAGCAUCAGCAGAUUCCACCUCCAAAUCCUCUCUAACCCUUCUUCCCAGCAGCUCUCUCUCACCGAUUUAUCAUCAGUGCAUGGCACUUGGGUUUCGGAGAAGAGGCUUGAGCCAGGGGUCAGGGUGGAGCUGAGGGAAGGGGACAUACUGAGGGUUGGUGGUUCCAGCAGGGUCUACAGCCUUCACUGGAUACCUUUGAGUCGAGCGUAUGAUUUCGAAACGUCUUAUGUUCCGUUGACAAAUAAUGAUGAAGAUGAAACUGCAGAAGGAGUAGUCCAGGGUGAGAAUUCUCUGUCAGUUGAAAAUAAAGAAAUUGAAUCUCCGGAUUCAAAUUCUGUGUGUAUAGAAUCUUUGUUGCCUGAUGAAAAUUUUGGACUAAGUGGGAAGGAGGAGAUCCCGUCAGCACCUCCAAUGCCUGAAAAUGCCAUUUACUCAAUUUUUGAUCAAAUUGAAGAAGGUAUUGAUGAAAUGAAUGAAUUCUCAAGCUUCUGGGCAUUUGGAACUGAAUCGGUGAACCUAUUUUUGAAUAUGGAAGAAUCUAGUUCUAAUCCAAAUGAAAACCCAGACAGUUCCUCUUUUAUUGAAACGGAAAGGGAAACUUAUCCUACUGCUCAAGUGCCUGAGGAAACUGAGAACCAAAGCCCAUUGAUAAAAGACCAUGGACAGAUUGAUAUUUCAUGUCCGUCUGGACCUCUAGUGAUGGAGAACCUACCCUUCCCGAUCGGCAAAGUCCUUGGAGAGAACAAAGAUGAACAAGUUGAAGAAGAAAGCCUGGAACCAAUUUCGAACUUGCUGGUUAACCUGAAUUUUGAACAUUUAGAAGAAAAGGAAGAGGAAGCUUAUCCUGCUGCUCAAGUACCUGAGAAACUUGACAGCCAAAGUCCACUGAGAAAAGAUGAUGGAUCUCUAGUGAUGGAGAACCUAUCUUUGCCGAUCGGCAAAGUCUUUGGAGAGGACAAAGAGGAACAAGUUGAAGAAGAACGCCUGGAACCAAAUUCGAGCUUGCUGGUUAACCUGAAUUUUGAACAUUUAGAAGAAAAGGAAGAGGAAACUUAUCCUGCUGCUCAAGUACCUGAGAAAAUUGACAGCCAAAGUCCAUUGAGAAAAAAUGAUGGACCUCUGGUCAUGGAGAACCUAUCCUUGCCGAUAGGUGAAGUCCUUGGAGAGGACAAAGAUGAACAAGUUGAAGAGGAAAUCCUGGAACCAAUUUCAAACUUGCUGGAUAACCUGAAUUUUGAACGUUUAGAAGAAAAGGAAGAGGAAGCUUAUACUGCUGCUCAAGUACCUGAGAAAAUUGACAGCCAAAGUCCAUUGAGAAAAAAUUAUGGACCUCUUGUCAUGGAGAACCUAUCCUUGCCGAUAGGUGAUGUCCUUGGAGAGGACAAAGAUGAACAAGUUGAAGAAGAAAUCCUGGAACCAAUUUCAAACUUGCUGGAUAACCUGAAUUUUGAACAUUUAGAAGAAAAGGAAGAGGAAGCUUAUCCUGCUGCUCAAGUACCUGAGAAAAUUGACAGCCAAAGUCCAUUGAGAAAAGAUGAUGGACAGACUGAUGUAUCGUGUCUUUCGUCUCCUCUUGUGAUGGAGAACUUAUCCUUUCCAUUUGGGGAAGUCCUUGCCAAGAGCGAAGGUCAACAAGUUGAAGAAGAAAGCUUGACCUUGGAACCAGAACUAAACUUGCUGGUUAACCUGAAUUUUGAACAUUCUGAUGAAAUAGAAUGUCCAGUGGAUGAAAGAACUGGAGAAACUGAAAACAAAAGUGUGUCACCAGAAGACCAUGAAAAGAGGGAUUCUACAGGCCUCCAUUCUGAACCUCGUAUGAAAGAAUCUAUAAACUCAUCUACACUAGAUGGGAUACUGUCAGAGUUAAUAGAUGACAGAGAGAGCCAGACCCCACAAUCUCUCUUUACUGCAGUAGGACAGCCUGAAUCAGACCUCUGUGAAAGCCCUCCACUGAGAUCAGAGAAUAAAUCAGGCAUGAAGGGAAGCAUUUGGGCAAGAAGAGGUAAACGUGCUAGUGUUGUUCAGCUUCAAACAGAUAAGAGUAGAGGGAAAACAGAGGAGGCAAGAUAUGGUGAUGACAUCGAACUAGAGGAGGAAAUCUUUACACCAGACAAGGAAAAUUUGACCCCAAAUACUCUUCGACUGAGGUCCUUGAAAAGGAAUGGCAAGAACAUAUCAGAAACCUCGGUCCCAAACACAGCCACAAGAAGCAGCGCAUCUGCCAGUUGCACUAGAACCACGGGAAAGGUCGCCAAUCCACUCCUUAAUAAAUCUUUUGGAGAAGGAAAGAGGAGGGGCUGGACUAUGGUUGCAGACACUACUACUCUUCUUGACAAGGAAUCAAGGAAGUCAUUGCAGCUUCUACAAGGUCUUAAGGGGACUCGGUUAAUAAUUCCAAGAAUGGUCUUACGGGAACUGGAUUGCUUGAAGCAACGUGGCAGUCUUUUCAGAAGGAAAACAGAGGCUUGUCUGGUGCUCAAAUGGAUUGAAGAUUGCAUGCUGGGUCUUUCCUUCUGGGGCAACAAGCUCAUUGCCUUUUUCAAGAUGGAGUUUGAUGGACCUUGUAUCACCAACAGCAGAAGACCAUAUCCUGAUUGUGCUCUUUUGCAUAGAAAGAUGAAGAAUGAUGGACAACUUGUCCUUCUAAGUAAUGAUGUCACCUUGAAGAUCAAAGCCAUGGCAGAGGGUUUGCUUUGUGAGACAGCUGAAGAAUUCCGUGAGAGUCUGGUGAAUCCAAUAUCUGAGAGGUUUAUGUGGCCUGAUAGCUCUCCCCGUGGGCGCACUUGGUCAUACGUACCCGAUGCAGUUUUGAGAGAAAGGUACAGCAGCUGCCCUCUGAAGAAGUCAUCAACUGGAAAAGAUGCAAAGGGUUUUGAAGCUCAUUUUGCGCCAUAA